GUGACUCUGAAUCAUACUGAACACAACCUAACUGUGUCUCAGAUUCCAUAUCCUCAAAUGUGGUAUGUGUUUUAUGUUGACAAGUUUACAUGUGAUGAUGACUUUGAAAAUUCUGAAUUAGAAGACAUCUCAUUUGAAAUGAUAUUACUAAAUCCAGAUGCUGCAGGGAAUCCAUUGGAUCAUUUUAGUGCUGGAGAGUCUGGGUUACAUGAGUUCUUUUUCCUCCUAGUCCUGGUAUACUUUGUGGCUGCCUGCAUUUAUGCUCAAUCGCUGUGGCAGGCUAUUAAGAAAGGAGGGCCUAUGCACAUGGUUUUAAAGGUCUUAACAACGGCAUUGUUCUUGCAAGCUGGUUCAGCUUUAACUAAUUACCUGCAUUUCUCCAGUUACUCCAAAGAUGGAAUUGGGGUCCCUUUUAUGGGAAGUUUGGCAGAAUUUUGUGACAUAGCCUCCCAGAUCCAGAUGCUGUACUUAUUACUGAGCUUAUGCAUGGGUUGGACAAUAGGCAGAAUGAAGAAGUAUCAAAGCAGACCUCUCCAGUGGGAUUCUACUCCAGCAUCUACUGGCAUAGCUGUAGUCAUUGUCAUAAUACAGAGUAUUUUGCUGCUUUGGGAACAAUUUGAAGAUACCAACCACCACAGCUACCAUGCACAGCAUAACUUAGCAGGGAUACUUCUAAUUGUUUUAAGAGUUUGCCUCGCAUUAUCUAUAGGCUGUAGUCUCUACCAGAUCAUCACAGUGGAAAGAAGCACACUUAAAAGGGAAUUCUACAUCACAUUUGCCAAAGGCUGUAUCUUAUGGUUUUUAUGCCAUCCAGGUCUGGCAACCAUUUCUGUUAUUUUUAGUGACUACCAAAGAGAGAAGGCUAUUACAAUAGGUGUUAUCAUCUGCCAAUCUGUUUCCAUGGUUAUCCUCUACAGACUUUUUCUGUCUCAUAGUCUAUACUGGGAAGUUUCUUCACUUUCUUCAGUAACGCUACCAUUGACAAUAUCAUCUGGACACAAAAGUCGACCUCAUUUUUAAUACUUGAUUAAAGGGAGAGUGCAUUCAUUUAACAAAGUGCAAUAAGGAUCCAAAUACAGUGAUGUUUCAUAUUUUUGUUCAUAUAUUCUUUGGGAAAAAUCUAACAGAAAAAGCAGAGCAUCUGAACAGUACCAAAACUGAAGAAAGCCAAUAUGAAAUAUAUAUAAAGUAUGAACUUUUAAAGAAAGGUUAUUCUUCUGUGGUGAUCAGUUUUUUCCAUGUGGAAACAAAGGAGAAAAGGAACUGUGUAAUAUUUUGGUUAGGUAUUUUCAAUACAUAUACUUCCUCAUCUUGUAUCAAUAUAGCUGACUCAGGUUUGACAGCCUUAUAAAAAGUAAUCAGUUAAGUGAUUACCUGCUCAAACAUGUCUCAAAUAACCCAGUUAUGAAAUCAAUGUAAUACACUGACUAAGAUUGCUUCUCUUUUAAGCUUGAAGGAAAAUGCAGUUCAUGUUUAAGAAUAUAAAAGGCUUGAAAAAUGAAAUCACUUCAGGAAAUGAAUGUAAAGUGUUCACAUCUAAAUUUAGUAAGCUUUUGUUUAUUUGUGGGUGGGAGAAAACCUCAUAUGUAUUUUCUACCACUAUUGACUCUGCUUCAGGUUUCAACUUGAGUAGCAAGGUGCUUUUGAUAAACUGUUAUGUGAAAAAUAAAACUUAAAAAUAUAUGGAUAGUGUGGACAGAAAGCCCAGAAGAAAGCUUUUAAAAGGUCACAGUAUUAUGAUGGAAAAAUAGCAGGCUUGCAGUUUUGAAAAGAAAAAUGAAAAAUGGAAUGUGUGAUAUGGUACUAAAAUUUUAAUCCUGAUAUAAUUCAUUUCUCUUAUAUUGAAUCCUCAAUCAUAAUUAAGCCAUAUACACAGAUUAAAUUAACAGAAGCAUUUCAUAUAAAUGUUGGUUGCAGUCAUCAACUACUCAUGAAUUCCUGCCCAAGGAUACUUAAUCAGGAUUAAAUUUUCUAUGAAUAAUUGAAAAACAAAAUACUCACUGGAUUUGUUAUAAUCCUGGUUGGCACUGGGUUCUAAGUAGUUGCCAUCUUGAAUCCAUUGUAAUAAAGCCAUACUUUGUGAUGCCCCUGUAUUGAGAAUGCCAACUGAAAAAAAUAUACUUUAUAGAAGUGCCUGUUUAUUGAAAUAGUGAUUUAAAGGUUGACAAUCUCUUGUGCAUGAAAUUAGCAUUACCAUUAAUAGUCAUUGAUAAGAAAUUUUUCUUUUCACAUUCAUCAGAUUAUUCAAAACUUUCUUUUUCACUACUUGCUAUGUCAUUGUGAGUGAAAAUUUUAUUUGUUACUAAAGGUAAAAGAUUUUCAAAGAAGAAAUGAAACCUUGAUUUGGCAAUCUUUUUUUAAAAUUAAAAGUUAAUAAUGGAGCU